CCCUGGAAAUCUGGCGCGCAUGUGCAGCUGAGCCUAGCUGUGCGGCCUACUGGGAAGGCUGUCCGGCUUUCGAAGAGUUUGCGUCCUUCUCCAGGCCUGGAUCGCGGAUGGACGCGGACGGGCACGCUGGAGAGAUGGCAGGGAGCGCCGGCGAAUGGUGCCUGAUGGAGAGCGAUCCCGGGGUUUUUACGGAGCUGAUCAAAGGCUUCGGAUGCAAGGGUGUUCAGGUGGAAGAAAUAUGGAGUCUAGAACCAGAAAACUUUGACAAGUUAAAACCAGUUCAUGGCCUCAUCUUCCUAUUCAAGUGGCAACCAGGCGAAGAACCAGCAGGAUCCAUUGUUCAGGAUUCUAGACUUGAGAAGAUCUUCUUUGCCAAGCAGGUUAUCAAUAAUGCCUGUGCAACUCAGGCUAUUAUCAGUGUGUUACUGAACUGUAUUCACCCAGAUGUAGAACUGGGAGAGACUCUUGGGGAAUUUAAAGAAUUCUCACAAAGCUUUGAUGCAGCUAUGAAAGGUUUGGCUCUGAGCAACUCUGAAGUCAUUCGGCAGGUUCACAAUGGCUUUGCCAGGCAGCAGAUGUUUGAAUUUGAUGCCAAGACUGCAGGAAAGGAGGAAGAUGCAUUCCAUUUUGUCAGUUACUUUCCCGUCCAUGGAAGAUUAUAUGAACUGGAUGGAUUGAGGGAAGGGCCAAUUGACUUGGGUGCAUGUAAUCAAGAUGACUGGGUCAGUGCAGUCCGACCAGUCAUAGAGAAGCGAAUACAGAAGUACAGUGAGGGAGAGAUACGGUUUAAUCUUAUGGCAAUUGUGUCAGAUAGGAAGAUGAUAUAUGAAAGAAAGAUUACGGAUCUACAAAGACAGCUGUCAGAGGAAGAACCCAUGGAUACAGAUCAGAGUAGCAGUGUCAUAAGCUCUAUUCAGUCAGAAUUAGCCAAGUAUCAGAUGCUGAUUGAAGAAGAAAAUCAGAAAUUGAAACGGUACAAGAUUGAAAACGUCAGAAGAAAACACAACUACUUGCCCUUCAUCAUGGAACUGUUAAAGACUUUGGCAGAACACCAGCAGUUAAUACCACUAGUGGAGAAGGCAAAAGAAAAACAGAAUGCUAAAAAAGCUCAAGAAGCCAAGUGAAACCUCUUCUCAAUAAUGUUUGACCGUUUGCUGCUGAUAAUUCUGUUUUAAGAAGUGAACUCUGCCCUACAACAGUGAACUUUCCAUAUACUGUUAAAGGAGUGCAAAGCACUCUUAUAUUUGAAAUUAUACAUCUCGUACAAGUCUUUCAAUUGUUCCUCAUCUGCAUUGUGUGCAUGCAUUACAUACUGUGUUUUAAUAUAAAUGAGAUUGGAAAAAAAUCCCGUGCAAAUUUUUCAGUGUUGCCAACACCUUACAACCUAGAUUUCAAGAGAGUCACUUUUUGUCGUGUUGAGUAAUGCAAUUGAUUAGAUGCAUGAAAAGGUAAUAAAUACUAAAUAAAAGUUAUUAUUUAAAAUCGUGCUACUCUUUCCUGUUUUGAGUUUAAUUAACAGAUUAUUGCAGGUUUGUUCUGAAAGGUCAGUGCUGACAAGAAAAAAUAAACUUUGGUUAUUGUAGUAGAA